CCUAUUCUCCGAAAAUUAUUAAAAAAAAAAAAAGAACUUUUACAAAAAGGAGAAAAGCUGCCCAAAACCAAGAAGAGAGAGAGAGAAGAAUGACAACCCCCCUAAAGCUUUUGCUGCCUUUGCCUUUGAAUACUAUCUUUUUUUCUUCAGAUUUCCCUCCAAAACCUUCGAAAUUCUUCUCCCAUCACUCUAAUUUCUCAUCCAAAAGCUCUCAUCCUUUCAAGUCUUCUCCCAUUUCUUCAUCUUCUUCGUUCACUAGAUGGGUCAGAGUAAAUAGAGACCCGCAGUACUUGAGAUGCUCGAAGUGGUUUUGUGGAUAUUCAAUGAAAGAUCAAGAUAUGGGUAGCUGCAUGAGUGAAGGGGAAAACAUGGUAAGCAUGUUUGGGUCUGAUGACGAUAUAGGUACACAAGUUCCAACCCAAGUUCAAUCACUCGUUGAAGGUCCAGGUUCAGGUCCGUUGCUUGUGUCAGAGUUCAAGCCUGCCCCUGAUGUUGACUAUCUACAGGAGCUGUUGGCCAUUCAACAACAAGGGCCAAGAUCAAUUGGCUUCUUUGGGACCCGGAAUAUGGGUUUUAUGCACCAAGAACUUAUUGAGAUCCUCAGCUAUGCAAUGGUUAUAACUAAAAACCAUAUUUAUACAUCUGGAGCAUCAGGGACGAAUGCAGCUGUCAUUAGAGGUGCCUUAAGAGCUGAGAAAUCGGAACUACUUACUGUAAUCUUACCCCAAAGUCUGAAAAUGCAACCUCCUGAAAGCCAGGAAUUGCUGUCCAAGGUUAAGAAUGUCAUAGAAAAACCUCACAACGAUCAUCUGCCUUUAAUAGAAGCCAGCAGAUUAUGUAACAUGGACAUCAUCUCGCGUGUACAACAGGUCAUUUGCUUUGCCUUUCAUGACAGUCGGUUGCUCAUGGAAACAUGUCAAGAAGCAAAGAACCUCAGGAAGAUUGUGACCCUUUUCUACUUGGAUUGAGGGGGAGAAAAAGAUCUUUUUGUUCAUACAUUGGUAGGUAUAGUCUUUACAUUGGUAAAUGGAAGAAGGGAAUGGUUGUUCUUUUUACAUUGGAUUAUCAGGGAUAGGGGGCCCAUUUGUUCCUCUUUCCCUGAUUGAGAGGGAGAAAGACUGAAAUUUGUCAUUGAUUUCAUUCUAAGAAAUUGAAGAAAAUAUUCUGUAAGAAA